CUGCGGGCGGGAAUGCGUGAGGGAGGCUGGGCUUGCGUGUGUGGAACAGCUGCCUGAACAGGAGGGCAAACUGCAAAUGCGUGUUCUUCCAUUCCCACGAGACGCGGGGUGGGCCAGGAGUGCUGCCGGCUUCCCCCCCUUCUCGUGUAGCACUUUAAUUCCGGCCGCUCACCUAUUCGGUUCUUCACGUGCUGGUGGCUCCCGUCCUCCGGAAAAGCCUUCAGCCUGCAGACCUAAAUAAUAAUUCUCUGGAUGCAGCACAGGCCAAAUGCAAAAGUAGAAGGUCCCUAAUAUCUACAGAGAAAAUGGACAGCUCACUUGAUGAUACAAUUGCAUCGUUACUCAAAUGCUCCUCACAGUUAGAAUAUACUGGCAAUAGAAGAAAGCAAAAUACAAAGCAUUUUCCAGACACUUCAAAGAAUGUUAAAAACUUAAGUCGGCAGGGUGAUGAGUUGGAUUCUCUAUAUGGCUCAAGUCAACGUGACAUACAGCCUGAGUUCGUUGGAGAUUUUCCCAGAGACAUGUAUUCAGAAUCAGACAUUACUAUGCCAUCUAGUUUGACAGUGACCACAUCUUGUGAUUACGAUAGUGGUGGUGAACCAGCAAGAGAGAGUGUGAGAGUUUUUGAAACCCAAGAACUAAAUGGGAAAAACUUGAUACCAUCUCAUUUCAGUCAAAUCUAUCGCGAAUUAUCUAUCAUACAUCAAAAGCUGCAGUACCACAGUUUGUGCUCCUCUUCUAUUCUGAUGCAGCAAGAAAAAUUAGCCCAGGAGGAAUAUGCUUUAAAACUUGAAAGACGUGAGCACUGUUUGGCGGAACGAGAGACCCUGCUUUGUAGACAUGAAGCUGCUUUGACCAAGAUAAGAAGUGUUGAGGAGGAAGUUCACACAAAGUUUCAAAUUAUGAAAGAGCAACAUGAAGCUGAAAUUCAGCAGUUGUCUGAAGCUUUGAAAGAAAAAGCAAAGGAAAACAAAAGGCUUAAAUCAUCAUUUGAAACUUUGAAGGAACUGAAUGAUGCGUUAAGACAACAGCUAAAUGACGUAAGUGAGCAAAACAAGAAGCUGGAAGGCCAGUCUCGAAAGGUGCAAGCUCGUUUAGAGAAUUUGCAGCGGAAGCAUGAGUUUUUAUCCAUACAGAAAUCUAAAGAAGCUUUCCACACAGCCCAGGAACGAAAGGUUAUCAAGCCAGAAAAAACAAUAACGUCAAAAAGUUACAAAAUACCAAUUAAUUCACACAUAUAUGACCUUUUAACGGUGUUAAUGGACUGGAUCUCAGAUCAGCACCUGAGCAAACUGGUAGCAGAGGAAGAGAAAGCUUCUGAAUGUCUUCUGACAGGCGUGCUUGCUUCCAGCAGAAACUACACACAGGAGAAGUGUAUCAGGUUUUUGCCUCUAGUUGCUGAACAGUUUCAGUGGAUGCCCUUUGUGAAUCCUGACUUGCACAUGCAUGUGGUUAAAUUCAUUUACUGGGCUAUCAGGCAGUUAGAUGGAGGCACACAGUAUGCAACAAUGACAUCAACAAUGAGAAGACUGGGUGAAGACCUGUUUAAAGGUGUUGUGCCGAAGGGAUGUCAAUAUAUUUCUCCUGAACAUACUACCGAUCCCAAGCCAAAGUCCGCAGCAUUCUUUAAAAGCUCCAAUUUGCCUUUAAGACUUGUAUCAACCUUAAUUAUAAUCAAAACAGUGACGCAAGCUGAUUACCUGGCUCAAGCCUUUGAUUCCCUUUGCGUGGAUCUGAAGACGGAUGAAGGGAAGGCCUUGUUUUUGGACUACCAAGCUGUACCUAUUAUCUUGAGUCAUAUAAGAAUAUCGAGUAAAGGUGUUCUUUCCAACGCCGUUGACAGUUUGCUUCAGAUGACAACGCAAUCCAGGUUUUUGCAUCCGUUUCUGGAAGCUUGCAGUAAUGAGACCUUUUUUCGCACUUGUUCACUGUUGCUUCGAAACCCUAAGCUAGAUACACAGAUACUGGAAAAACUUAGUAUUCUGCUGCAAAAGCUCUCAAAAAUUAAGGGCAAUAAGAAGAUGUUUGAGCUGUUCACGAUUCACCUGAUGAUUCAAGAGCUACAGAGGACAACGCAUCCAGAUCAUGCUUUCUUAUGUAUUAACCUCAACUCAAUUCUCUUCAAUUUGGGACUGACAAAAAGCAACCCCAAAAGCAAUAGUCUAAAUGGGAGCCAGUAACAGAUUGCAUUUUAUUAAGACAUUUUCUGAUUCUAAAUGAAUAAAUGAAGGGAAAAAAUGUCACAAUGGACAUAAUCUUUUAUGCCAAUAUGCUCCUCAAAAUAGGCCAAGGACAGUUUGCUAUUUUGUUGAAUACUUGAUUUACCCGCCCCCUUUAAAUAUUGUAAGUUUUACAGUGGCCGUGAUCCAGAGGGAUGUUCACUUUCCCCCUUGCUAGAGGUAAUCUGUUCUGCCAAAGCUGACGGUGAUCUUUGUGUGCAGCCCUAACUUUCAUGAUAUGCAGCCCCUUUUGGAAGCAGUUCCUCGUCCAUCAGUGGCCAAAUUAUUUAACCUGUGUUGGGUGUCAAAUCCUCCCAGGCCAUAAAGUUGUUCCUCCCCACUCCCAACCCCUGUUGAAAAACGCUUGCUGCCAAAUGUGAGGGUCACCAACUCCUGGCCCUCAUCCUAACAGCAUAGUGAAAAGAUAUCCCAGAGAUAUCUUUUGAUGUUGCAGAGGCCUCUAGGAUUCUUCUCAUUGAGAGAGGAUGGUUGCCAGUAGAGAGAAAGAGAGCCUUUGAGUGGUGUUGGUAAAUCAAGAAGCAUCUUUGGUCUCUGGUCUACUUUCCAGCUGCCUGACACUUCUUUCAGUAAACUGGGAUGGGGAGGUUGAUGGAAGUUGGGAGUCCCAACAUCAUUUGGAGGACCACAAGUUCCCCACCCUUAAGACAGAACUUCAUAACCACACAGAACUCAGACAUGGCUGACUUGUGCACCACCUGCUAUAGUAGAGAAUGCCCUGAUCCCACCCUCAAAGUCACACCAGUGAGUUAUCCUCUUGUAGAAAUAUAGUUCCUUUGUACAGGAAUUUUUAAAAUGUUGGUUUGCUCAUUUCUGUAUUGGGGGGAAUUUCAGUUACUGAUGUCAAGCUUGGCCCUGAUUUGCGCUUUGACUGAUGCCUUCUAUAUGUUUGGUAACUCAGAGUUCAAAGGCAUAGUCGCCUGUCACUUUUAUAUGUAUUUAUUGGCUAUUACUGUGCCUUACUGACACAUGAUUAUUCUGGAGUGCUCUAUUUGUAUUCAGUAUUUUAAUAUUAAAAAGAAGUCCACAAAAUUAAA